AUGCUCUCUUCCAUCUUCCUCGCUUCAGCCUUCGCCGCCAGCGGCGCCUUCGCUGCCAUCUCCCAGGGCUCCUGGGCCGUUCGCGCUGAUUUCUCGCGCUGCAACUCCUCGACGCCGCUUGAGCCCGUCCUCGAUGGCGCCAAGAGCACCUACUCGACAACAGACAAGAUCGUCGACUUCAACAUCGACUCCCCGUUCCAGGGCAACCUGGUGAUUAAGGUCGCCGGCGCGGCAGGCUACGGGUCGCCGUACCCGCCGCAGCAGGUCGCCGUGGAGGUCUUCGCCGAGGCGACCGGAGGAGACCCCGGCGUGUGGGCCAACGCGACGGUUAUCCCCGGCAUGGGACAGCCGGCUCUCAUCUCUGGGAUUUACUGGAACACAAGGAGCGAUAUUACUCUUACUCCGGCUUCGAACGAGACUGUGUCGGUUGAGACGAUCUUUGAUGGAGGUAGCUUGGUUGUUUUCUACUGCGGCCUUCCCGAUGGUCCUACGCCUCUUUCGAAGAGAAAGCACUUGUAA